UGCAAUUGCCACAAACGUCCAACAACCCAAUGACCGCCACCACCACCACCGAAGUGCAGUGCAAAUACGCAUACAAGGAAUGCAACAACGUACGCACGUACAAGCGGGACGGCGGGCUCCAUCGACUUUGCGAGUACCACCGCAGCAAGGCCAACGCGCUGCAAAAGAUCUAUGCCACGAAACGUCGCGGCGAAUUGCGAGCCCAAAAGCGCCAGCUCCUCGCUGAAAAGCUAGUUGUCAAAGCCGAGCCGUUGGCACUGACUUUUGCCCACGAAUGGACAACGCACGGCAGCAGCUUCACCGACUUCACCGUUGGAGACCUCGACGACAUUGACUGGUGCAGUAUCCUUCCCGAGACCGAUGAACUGGAGCCCAUUGAAUGCCUGACCGAUAUAGAGGCCCUGUCAGACGAAGAGUGCAGCUACCUUAGCCGUGUGCUGUAGAACUCAUUUCGGUGUAGCAUAUUCCUAUUUAAUCGUACAUCGCCAUGAUGCCACUCAAAAAGCAUGCUGGUGUCAUCGUUCGACGUACAACAAUGGAUACGUAGUACCGACAUCCUAUUUAAGGGUGUACGACUAUGAAUCCAAGAGUGUCUAAUGCGGCGA